AUGGGGGAUCCCCCAGGCACAGAAGUGCCCUCAGCUGCGCCCCCUCCACAGAGCCUGACGGUGACCUCAUUAACUUCCAAGGCUGUCAUCAUCAUGUUGAAGCAGAUGCUUCCUGGUGAGCUAUCCCCUAGCCCUGGGAGUUUCAGCCUGGCCAGCCCCUCCCGGUUCUCCCAGCUCCUCCUGAGUCUCAGCGGCAAUCCCGCCUUCUGUAGGAGACCUUGCCCUGCCCCCUCCUCUCCCUCACCCCUCCUUCCCAUUGAGACGACCCUUCACACCCUCUGCAAGCCCCUGCCGUGGAUCCCACUGACAUUCCAGGAUGUGGCUGUGGACUUCACCUGGGAGGAAUGGGGGCUCUUGGAACCUUCUCAGAAGGACAUGUACUGGGAUGUGAUGCUGGAGAUCUAUGAGAAUUUUAUCUCCCUUGAGGCUGGAGCAGAGCAGGGUCAGCUGACGGCGCCACCGCCCCUCGGCUUCGGUGUGGCCAAGGAGUCUGCGAGUCGCUGUCCAGCCCGAUCUCGACAUGGAACCCAUGGACGAGAAGAAGCUGCGGGCCCUGCAGAUGCUGGAGCCACCCGGCCUGGGCAAGGGGCCUGCGGUCCUGGCCACCCUGUGGAAUCUGAUGCUCAUCACGGCCGCGAUGAUCUCCUUGCCGAUCUGUUUCUACUCCGCGUCGAAGACGUACCUUUUCGAAGGCUUGCUGGGCUUGUCCACCGUCGACAGCUACUUCUAUUCGGGGAUCGUGGCCAUCUUCUCGGUGCAUGGGGUGCUGGUCCUCUUCGUCUACAUGGCCUGGAACGACGGUAUCCGGCAUUGGCAGGAGGCCAGCAAACUAGCGUAGGACGGCGGCCCCGCCCCGAUGGCCCUCCUCUCCUCAGCCCCCCAGCUGGGGAGGGGGCCCCCGCGAAAAGAUCCGGGGCUUGGGCAUCGGGGGCAGGGCCGAUGGCCCAUGAGUGUUUGAGGAGACUCAAUUGUGGAUAUUGUGCUGACUACGUGUCCAUUUUGCCUGUCUAUGGCACCAGGAGAGAGGGUUGCCAUCAUCUUCAAUGCCAGUCAAAGACUCUUCAUAUUCUGGGAUAAAAACACCUGCUUAUCUUCGUACUAGGGGAUACCAAGAAAUUCUCUUUAGUUCUUCAGUUAUUUGGUUUCCACUCUGUACUCUGGGAAGUCUAGCCUAAUUCAGUGGUAGCAGAUAUGGGAGAGAUUUCAUGAGUAAAAUCAGAAGCUUGAAAGCUGAAGAUUUUGAAGAUUAUUACUAACAAUAAUCCUACCUAUUUUAUCAUUCCAGACCCCAUUACAGCCUUCUCUCACCUCCCUGGGCCUAUUUUAUCUGGAAGCUUAUGUCCAAAGUAGUCACUGUUCUCAUAUCAAGAUGGGACUUGACUCUGCCCUAUAUUUGGAGUCUGUACUCUUCAGAAUCUAUACUAUCAUUUCAAAGGUAUAUUGGAGGUAAUGGAAAGAGUACCAGCUUCAGACUCAGAAGCCUUGAAUUUGAAUCCUAGCUCAAUCACUAAUUAGAUGCAGUUUUACUUCAGUAUUCUGAUUCUCAGUUUCCCCAUCUACUAAAUUUAAAUGGAGUGAUUAAAAAAAAACAUGCCAUCUUCAACAUAUAUUAACUUCUUUGUAAAUUGGGCCAAGUAUAUUCAUUCUUCCCAAUUUCAGCAUCUUAAGUGCUACUGCCACCUCCUUAGUAGAUCUGGUCCUGAGGGGUUAAGAGUCCAGAUGUCCCAAGUCCCACUUUUUUAGCUAGUUGUUCUUGGUAUGAUCUAACAUAUAUAUAUAUAUGCUAUGUGUAUAUAUAUAUAUAUAUAUAUAUAUAUAUAUAUAUAUAUAUAUCUGAGCAGGCUCUUUGGAACUCAUUUACACUUUUGCUUGUCUUAUGCAGCAGUAACACUGGUCUUCACUUCCACUUGUGCAGAGAUGAAGAGAGCCAUCUGUACCCAGAGAGAGAACCACGGAAACAGAGUGUGAAACACAGCAUAGCAUUCUCUCUCUCUCUGUUGUUAUUUGCUUGCAUUUUGGGUUUUUUCUCAGUUUUUCUUUUUCUUCCUUGAUCUGAUUUUUCUUGUGCAACAAGAUAAGUGUAUAAAUAUGUAUACGCAUAUUGGAUCUAAUGUGUUUCAACUUAUUUAACAUGUACUGGACUACCUGUCAGCUAGGGGAGUGGGUGAGGGGAAGAAGGGGAAAAUUUGCAACAAAAGGUUAUGCAAGGGUCAAUGUUAGAAAAAUUACCCAUGCAUAUGCUUUGCAAAUAAAAAGCAUUAAUAAAAAAUAAUACUGAUCUUCUGUCACAUUAUAGAUUACUGCUAUGGCUCUACUUUGCAAAGUUGAAGAGUUGCCAUUUGCAGCAGUUUCUGAGCUCUUUUGGUCUCCUUGUUGUGACAACUAACUAUUCAGUGUAAUUAUUUCAGAAUAAGUAUAAUUAUAACCUUUUAAGGAAAUGAUGAUAAAAGUAAUGUCUUUGUCUGUUUCCUGAUUUUACUCCUCCUUCCCCCACAAUUUGAUGCUUGUUUUAACCUUUGCUCUAAUCAGUAAUUGAUCUGAUUGUAUAACAUUAGCUGAUUCAAAAUAACCGCUACAGUGGACUCAUAGUUUCCUGUAUUUUAAGAUAUUUGGUACACGUGCUUUUCCAACACUUCUGUUGAAAAUGUUUAUGAUUUAUUGAUGCAAGGCUUCCAAGUAGACUACAAAUCUUUGACCCCUUUCAUUUCUUGAUCCUCAGUCAUAUUCUCAAAUGUAGUUUUUAUCAUCUUCACAUCCCCACUUUAGCAUCAAAAUUGUUGAUUUAGUUUAGAGAAUCUCAUUAAGUUCUUUCAAAAACAUUUUCUACCGUUUUCUCUGCAAAUUUUAUUGGUAUAUAGCUUUAUUCAUCUUUGCUGUGGUCUUCGAAACUUGUGAAAACAGCAAGGUGAGAUAAUCAAGUAAGCAUAAAAUUGUUGCCUUGGAGUGUGAUGAAAAGAAUUUGAACACUUCACUUAUUUACUUCUCUGAAGGAGACCUACCGGCUAUUCUUUUACUUUGUUGUGCCUUUGUUACAGCUUCUAGUUUUAUUUAAAGGUAGCAUCAGCUGAGUGGUUCAGUAUUGUAGAACAAACACAAUUCAAAAUGACAGUAAUCCUGCACAGAGUCUAAAUGAAAGGGUUUCUUAUUGAAGGCAAAGUUCUGCAAGUGUUCCUAUUUACAAGUGACUUACAUCAAGCUCAGGAAUACUCUUACUAUUUAAUACACUGCCUGACACCUAGUAAGCACUCAAUUGUUUGUUGGCUGGCUGACUGACAGUGAAAUAUCCAGAUAUAUGAAAGAUCUUAGUGUAUCCAAUAUGGAAAAACAAAGUGGAUGAAAAAUGAAUAUUUCUCAAAUUAAGUCAUGAUGCUGGAAGGGCCGUUCAACUAUCAACUAUCUCCAUUAUGUUUGAUAAUGAGCUGGAUCCAGAAUUUCAUAGGAAAAGAUUAGGUUGAAUUACAUAUAGUGAAUUGUGUAAUGUUUUGUUUUUAGUGAUCCAAACUGCACUGUUGUGAAAACCCAAUUCUUUAAUGCUAUAUUUCUCCAGAGAUAUGAUUAUGAAACACCAAAUUCUCAAAAGACUGAGUUAAGGAUAAUUAAAUAGGCAGAGGAAAGAUGCAUGGCAGUAGCGAAUUGUUUGUACUAUGCUACCAGUGAUGACUUGUGCACAAUAUGUAGCUCCAAAUGCAUUGAAACUGGGACUAGCCCAGAAAAAGCUCCUCUUGUAUUAAGGAUGAGAAAACAGAUGGAUAACUCAAGUGCUAUAUGGGAACUCGCAAGAUCUAUAGAGAAUCAGAGGAAGGGCUGCACAUUGGUUGGAUCAUCUACGAAAGAUGCAUGGGAAGUUUGGACAAGACUGACAGAAGGAUGAAAAAACAUGGAUGAGUUAUGAAAAAGGAUUGCCCACAGAGUAAGGAUGCCAUUUUUUUGGAGAAAGGCAAUGUUUCAGGUACUCUUUAAAUCAUGCCUGCCUAGUAGUUACCUUCUCAGCUGAGUUCCUGCAUUUAAAAAGCUUGGUAUUUUAGAAGAAAAGCAAGUAGUAAAAGGAGGAGCUAAAGGUUUGUCUCUCUCAAACCUAAAGGGACAAGAGGGGGAAAUUAUAGUAAAAUUAUAAAUAUUAGUGAGAGACACUAUUUAUUGUGUGUAGUAGAGACAUUGUAUUUAGGUGUGCAUAUGUCUGUAUCUUUCUCUAAAUGUUGUUAUCUUUGAAAUAAAUUGUUUAGCAACAUCAUGGAA